CUCUUCGCUCGGUCAUUCUUCGGCCGCGCUCCGGCUGAUCCAGGCUCGCUUUCGAAAAUUAACAAAAUAGUCCGCCCGGAAAAAUGUCCCGGUCCCUUUCGGUUUGUUUGUGCUUGUUCGCGGCCUUCUGGCUCGCCGGCAGCCAGUUCAGCGUCGAAAUCAAAGAGCCGCGAUUGACGACUUUCCUGAACAGGAUUACGAACACCACUUUCGAUUUGAUUAAAUCCGGAAUCAAUGUAUUCGGACAAACGAUAGAUAAAAUCAUUGAAACAUUCUCGAGGAUCGAAGAUCGUUUGAGCGCUCUGGUGGAGCUCAUUCGGAGCCAGCUCAUCAAAGGCGUGCCCGAAUUGAGCAUUCCCGUACUGGAUCCUCUUCACAUUAACAAACUCGAAUUCGAUGUUCGACACGAUGCUGCUAACCUUAAAGGAAAAGCUGAAGAUAUUACCAUCAAGCACAUCUCGAAGUUCGUCGUGGACAAAGAGGCCUUGACGGAUUUGGGAAAAUUGCGGUUCAGAUUGGACUUGAACUUGACGUUCCCCUUCAUAAAAGUGAAUGGAACCUACCAAGUGAACGGACUGAUUGGUCACACUUUUAAAAUUUUCGGCAACGGACCUUUCCGAUUGAACUUGAAGGACCUGAGAGUUGGAACUACCACUUAUUUGAAAUUUACGCUGCCGGCUCAAUUGCGCGUGGAAAGGCUGAAAAUCGACGCCAAUCUGAGGAGAUUAGAUAACCGAUUCGAGAAUAUGAUGAACGAUCCCGAAACGGGUGCUCUUAUUAAUAAGGCGAUAUCCAGGCUAGCGCCGGAGGCUUUGAAGAUUUUAUGGCCGGAACUCAGGGGAUCAGUCGAGUCACAAUUAAUGAAGUACAUAAAUAGCAUUUUGGACAACGCCAGUGUGGUGAACUUCGCUAAGAGGAUCUUCAAUAUUGUAUAAGAAAUUCAAUCGACUUACGAUUAUCAAAAUUUCUCGAAAAUUUAAGGCUGUUUAAUUUAUAUUAACGCCAGAAUUCUCGUCUAAAUCAAAACUAGAUUUCGAAGAUAAAAGAGCAGUCUUAACUUCAUUUUUUUAAUAAGUUACCAAGUGAUACUGUUAUUUAGGAAAUAGGUAAGCAGCAAUUUUGAUAAUUGUUUCCCUGUAAAUUUAGGUACAAAUAUGUUUUUUAAUUAAGAUAAAUGUAGUAUAUAUUUUGAAAAAUUAUCAAAAUUCAUCAUUAUAUUUACCACACACAUUUUUAAGUACUUGCCAGUAAUUUAAGAAACUAACAGAAUCCUGGAAUAAUUAAAAAGUAUACAUUAAUCAACAUUAGUCAUAUACUGUGAUACUCGAUUUUUUAACCCACGCAUUAUUCAUCAAUUGAAAUUAAGUGUAAUUCCAAAAUAAUAUCUGUAACUAAUAAAUCUAUUAUCCUUAUCAACAAAUUUUUAUUCCAAGCUUUAACGUUAAAUAAAAUAGCUUUUUUCCAAGAAUUGACAGUUUAACAUUAUUCCACUAUCAAGGAACUUCUUAUCUGAGUUAUUGAUGUGAUUUACUGAGGAAAUAAUUGUAUUUUCUAAUUACUUUUAUAUGUUUUUACUUGGUCAUCGAUCGUUUUAUCUGUAAUUAUAUUAUUAGCGGUUUAAUGUUUAAUCAGUAUUAUAUCUAUAAUAAAUAUUGUUUUGGACAAAUAAUUAAAAACUAAUUGCUAUUAUUGUUUAUUGGACUCAAUUAUUAGGGAAACGAUAAAAUUUCGUUUGAGAUUUUUUUGGAAAAUUAACAAUUUUGCCAAUACAAUGCAAUUUUACCAGUGUUUGUAUAGGAAACUAAACAUAAACUUAUUGUUAAAUUAUAAAGUUUUCUCGGUGUUUGAUAUUUUUGUAGGCAAAUUGAUACUUUGGUAAUAAAUAAAAUAAAAUA